AAUAAAACCCUUCUGAAACAUCUAUAAAGACAGAACCCUCUCAGACCACUUUGAACACUUUUUAAUACCCAAAAGGCGAGACCCACUGUCGUUAUGUUCGCGCCGCCAGUAGCCGCCGCGUCCUCUGACAUCCAUCAGCCGUGUCUCUCGGCAUUCGAACAACCGACGGAGAAAACCCUUGUCCCCGAAUCAACCCAAAGUCAACUCGUUUUCCCUAACGAGUUCCCUUACGAGUUCGAUUUCACCUCUCCAGAGGACUUAACGGAGACGGAAGAUGAGACAAAUGAAGACGAAGAUGAAUUCCUUGCUGGGUUGACUCGUAGACUCGCCCUCUUCACUCAGCGCUCACUGGUCACUGACAAGGCUAAGGUGAACUCGACUGAGUCAACUCGGAGUGGACUCGGAAGCUGUACAACCUCAGAAAACAAAAGUCCCAAUGGUCCGUUCUCGCAAGCCCCUUCACAGCAAGCAUCUUUGAAAGUUGAUGCAAAAUCCAACAGACGCCCAAACCCUAAACCUAAUUCCUUCACCCCAUUUCCUCAAAACGCGGCGUUUUGUAACUACUACUACUACUGGUGGCUAAGACAGCCGCAGUUUGCUAUGGUCGCGUAUCCUUAUCCUGUUAUAGGCGUUUUGGCCUCUCCAACCGCCGUUACACAACACUCUACUGGUACCGGCGUUUUCCUUCCCCAGGACUACUCAAACCCUUCUGCGUCCCUGAGGAAUAGAGGAGGUGGAUGUGUUAAGUUGCCGACAAAGGUUGUUCAGACACAACAUUCUAAAACUGAAAAGUUACCUGGUCGGUGGCAAUCACGUCUUUCUGCAGGACGCGGCAAACUCGGUCGUGGUACUAAUAAGUCUGCAGUAACUGGUGGCUCUUUCAAGGUUUAGAUUUAUAGUGAGACUGAGUUGGUUACUGGUUAUAUAGUAAAGAAUAAUUGUGUGGGGUGAGUUGGAUGGAGAUAUCCAUUAGAGCAACUAGUUUUUAAUUAGGAGAAUGGCAAAAAUAGUUAUUAAUAAGAACAUUUUUUUGGUGGCCUUGGGAGGAAUUUUCACCUGCUCCUCUUUGGGUUAAGGUUAUUUCUUUGUAGUUGCAGUGCAACAGCAUAGAUGAUGAUGAGUCGAGAGUAUUUCAGGGUGUUUUCUGCUCAUUUUGGAAUCUAUGGGGGGUUGCAGUAAACUGUGUGUAAUAUUUGUUUUGUUGGUUCUUUUUAAUAAAUGAAUCAAAGUUUGUAGUGAAUCAUAGUAAU